ACCUAUUUAUAUACACUACACUAACUUAUUACAUGUGUUAUGAGGAAAUUAAUCAGUCGCAUACUGUAUGAGAUACCAUUAAACAUGUUAAAAGAUAAGCUGUGAUGUAUUAAUAUACUACUACUGUCAUGGAAACACCAUGCUCCGAGAUGAUCGGAGCAUCUAUUCAACAAACAGAUUCGUACAAGAAAUCUGUGUCUUUAUAUCAGGCAUCAUGGGAUGAUCUACGCCAAUGUAUCGCAAAAAACCAUGUCGAUCUCACACAUCUUUCUGCUGUACUCGUUAAACUCGAAAAUAAAACACAUUUCGAUAAGAAAAGACAAAACGAAGUAGAGGACAUAGAAACAUCAGUUACAGAAAUAGUGCAAACCAUACUUGAUAAAAUGGGUGUGUAUGACAACACUUGUCGAGACCUCAGACUGAUAAAGGCUGGUGGUUACUUCGAUGGUACUAAAAUUCGUAUUCCUGAUGAAUUUGACUUUGUUGUUGACAUAAGCUCAUUAUCUUCGUAUUUUUCAACAAAGACCAAAGAGGAAGUACAGAUUGAUUGCUGGAAAGAGGACAGUUCCCGGGUGAACGUUCGAGUUGUUGGAACGCCAGAUCCAACCGUCGCUAUAUUUUGUCCCGACGUUUGCAUGAAUGCUUCAAACAGACAAGAAAGUGCAAGUAAAUGUGGUCCGACAGGAGUCAUAAUGAAUAAGAAAUUUUCAAAACUAUUUACCUCGCUUUUUAAGAAGGUAGUUAUUUCUUUCAUUGAAGAUGGAAUGAUAGUCACUCGAUCUACAGGAACAAUGAAAAUAAUGCCGGAUUUAGUCAACAUUUUGGCCAACACACUUGAUGAUUCGUUUUUGCCUUUUUAUACUCUAUGGAUACCGAAGAGAGACACAGAGGCUGUAGGGAUAUCAAUAGAUAUCACGCCCAGUUUUCGCCUAGACUCAGAUUACUUAAAUUUUAACAGAACAUUCGUUAACGUUGAUGCCCUGAAAAAAAUUUCAGGAAUUAUUGGUAAGGAUAAUUGUUUUAUGAGACUUGUGUUGCGAGAUGAUGAUCAUUGGAGGCUGUCAUUGUCCCAUGUAGAAACGGAAGUGAUCAGAGAAGCAGACGAUAUACACAAAAUGUGUUCAAGAAUUCUCAAAAUGUUAAAAGAGGGAAAACCCCUUGACGCUGACCAAGAUCAUAUACCGAACGCAUCUUACAUGGAAAGCUCCGCGCGUUCUUUUAAAUUUACCGAAAUGUGUACCUCAUACACUAUAAAAACUGCUAUUUUAAGGCAUAUCAUAUCAUGUAACAGAAGCACGUGCGGUCUAGGCAACUGUUUUAUUUCCAUCCUAUUAGAAGUCGAAGAAAUGGUGAAAUCUGGAGAAUUUACUGGUCUUUUUAUUGGCAUAAAUAAAAAGGAGAGUACAUGUACGGGAAAUUGGGAACUCGACACACUCUCUUAUCUCAGCAGACUUAAUACAAUUUUUAUUGAUUUGAUUGAAGGGAGAGAGCAGGAUGAAACUUCGGCAGCUGAACAAGUCUGCCAAGAAAGAAAGAAAUACAUACACGAUAUCUGCACUUCAGAUGACUUCAAGGAUAUUCAGGAUUGGUAUAUUGGAGCUAUUUGAACAUGUUGAAAUUACAAGAUAUGCAGCAAUCAUGUUAUCAUCAAAUAUUCAAAAUGUAAAAAUAUAUGGAGGAAACAACUUGAAAGGUUGACAAUUUUAACCACAACUACAUAAUUAUAUGUAAAGGAGAAGAUAGAAUUAGUUCCAAAAAUUCCUAUAAUAUAACUACGGAGAAACAUUAUAUUAUACGAUCUUUUUAUCCUUCAUGUCCACAAGCAAACAAAACCAAUUUGUUAUAACACAUCAUGUUACACAAAUGUAUAAAUUUACAUAAGCUUCGA